AUGGAGGACGGCGACGGGCCAGCCCUCGUCGAAAGCAUUGUGCAGAGCACAACGAACAUAGAGUUGGUCGUCGAGGCGCUACAAACCUCGGAUGGAGGAGAGGUGCUCAAAAGCUUGGGCGUUGAGUUGGAGGAGGAGGGCGCGCAGCCUGCCGAGCCGGCGCGGGGCCUGGGCUGGCUGUUCGUGCACCAAUUCCUGCUGCUGGAGCAGAAGCACGCGGGCCACCAGGACUCAGGCCCCCCAAAUGCGGACGCUCUGAUGAUGGAGGGUCUCCUCGGCUGGGCCUCUGGCGGUGGCGAGCUGAGGGCGCCCGUCGUCGCCCUCGUCAAAGACGGCCGUGUCAUCGAAAGGGUCCUGCCCCUCUCCCGCGCCUCGGCGGCGCCCCUGGCCAGCCAGCGCCCCCUGUCGCGCGCCGCGCAGCUGGCCGAGCGAUUCGGGGUGGGGCGCGGCGCGCUCGCCGUGGCAGCCGCAAAGGGGCGCGUGCUGCGGGCGCUGCGGGAGCUGGCUUUCAACAAGCAGAGGCUGCGGGAGCUUGCAGAGCAGCAGGCUGCUGGGGCCGGCGAUGCUGGUGGAACGCACCUUGAACAGGCGGCGGGGCCAGCCGAGGGUGCGAGCCACCUGCAGGAGGGCGUGGCUUUGCAUACCGACGAGGUGGCGCGGAAGAGCCGGGAAAUGUGGGAGGCAGUGAGCGCACUCAAGGCACUGCUGCGGCUCCAACAGGGAACAUCGCAGCAUCAGCAGGAGCAGCAGCACGAUGAGCAGCAGCAGCAGCAGCAGCAGCAGCAGCAGCAGCAGCAGCAGCAGCAGCAGCAGCAGCAGCAGCAGCAGCAGCAGCAGGGGGAGCGGCAUCAGCAGCAGGCCAAUGUAACGCAGGAGCAGCAGCCGCCGCCGCCGCCGCCGCCGCCGCCGCCACCGCAGCAGCAGCAGCCGCCGAUCCAGCAGCAUGUGCCGCCGUCGCAGCAGCAGCAGCCGCGGCAGCCGGCGCCAGCAGUGGCCACCACUGACCGCCACGCAAGCGCACUGCGGGAAGGCAGCUCAGCGCUGGCAGUGCCUCACGCAGCGCCAGCUGUCAGCGACGCUGCGCCCCCCAGCCUGCCGCCGUCUGGGCCCUCUGGGAGCAGCGUCGGCGGCGCUGGCGCUCCAAUCGGCAGCCCGCCUCUCGUCACCCUCACGUCGGCUGACGGCCAGCAACGCAAAACUGGCCUGCUGCACAUUCUGUUUGUCCCGGAAGCCGAUCUGAGGGAGAUUUUGACAGAUGCGGACUCUGUGCUUGCCCGGGCGCAUGCCUAUGCAGCGGCGCAUCCGGACGAGAUGGAGAGGGCUCGCGAGGAGGUCGCGCGAGCGAGAGGGCAGCAGGGGCAGCCGCAGGCGCGACCAGGAGCUGGCGGUGACAGGGAGGGGCGCGGGGUGAAACGCGAGGACGCCGGGGCGGGAACGGCGAUGGGGCAGCGCGUGGGCGAGGCUGGCCUGGCGCAGCAAGAGCAGCAGACGCAGGCGCGGGCGCAGCCGCAGCCGCAGCCGCAGGCGCAGCCGCAGCCGCAGGCGCAGCCGCAGCCGCAGGUGCAGGUGCAGCAGCGGCAGCACCAGGGUGGGGUUCCGGAUCUUGAAUCGCCGUUCUUGCAGCAAACGCAGCUGGCAGCACAAGCAGCGGGCCUGGAGGAUGCGCAGACUGGGCAGCAGCAGCAGCAGCAGCAGCAGCAGCAGCAGCAGCAGCAGGAUGCGCGUCUGCUGGCCUAUGGCAGCAGCGUGCCUAUCGCGCAGGCGGCGUCGCAACAUUCUCGCGACCCACGGCGCCGGCAGUACGAGCAGCACGUUCAGCAGCAGCAGCAGCAGCAGCAGCAGCAGCAGCAGCAGCAGCAGCAGCAGCAGCAGCAGCAGCAGCAGCAGCAGCAGCAGCAACUGCAGCCGCCGCAACAGCAGCAGCAGCCGCCACAACCCGUUGAAGUCUUCACCCCCUGCGCACUGUGUGCUUCCGGCAAGCCGGACUGGCGCGGCACAGUGGUCUGGUCGGACCGCGGCCCCGGCCUCGACGGCCGCCCGCCGCUGCCAGGAGACGACAUCGGGAUCGACGUGUGCGGGCACUUCUUUGCGCCGCAGGCACUGCGGUCGUCGGACCCCGGUUUUUGGGCGCGCUACUCGCGGCUGCCGCCCGUGAUCAGGAUGGGGCCGGGUUUCGUGGCUCAGGAUGUGGCGUUCCCGCGCGCGCCGCCAAAGGAGGGGCGCACCUGGGAUGGCGCCACGAUGCUGCUGGCGCCGGCGAGUGCGGACAGCACCCAGCGCAUGCACGACGUCCAUUCCAAGAUGCGGUUCAGCUGGAAUCAGCACAAGGACAAGACGGUCGAUUUUGGCGGCUUUGAGGACAGCUGCGACCUUCCGCCCUCUGCAUCGGCCGCGCUCGCAAACGGCACGGUCGCCAGCGCCGGCGCCGGCCCUACGGCUGAUCCUGCUGGCGGCAGGGGCCAGCAGCAGCAGCAGCAGCAGCAACGCCAGCACACGCAGAAGGUUCCCCAGGUGAUCAACCCCUACCCGCUGCUGCCGCGCAUGGGCGCCGCGGCGUGCCUCACGUGGCACGCGCUCGAGGGCGCGGCGGCGGCGGCGCGCGCGGCCGAUGCGGUGGAGUCGGCGCGGCGCGCGCAGGGCGGGGAGCUGCGGGAGCUGCCUGGGUUGUUGACCGGCGCGGUUCGGCCGCGGUCCUGCGAGGAGCUGUGCCGCGAGGUGGGGCUGGUGGCCCCCCUGCACUAUGUGAAGCCUGUGCAGACUGGGUACCCCCAGGACUCUGACGCCCGCCUGGUGUCCAAGGUGCUCGAAACCGUCGCCGGCGUCGCCGCGGCCGCGUCCACCAAGGUGCUCUACACCUUCAAGGAGCCCGCCAGCCCCCACCUCGCAGCCGCCCUCGAGGGCCGCGCCGUGGGCGACGCCGAGGUCGUGACCGCCACGCUGCGGGAGGUCCAAGGGUUCGCGGCGGUCGCGGCCGCCUCGGGGGCGGCUGCGACGCGCCGCGGCUCAGGGGGCGGGGACGGGGCGCUGUGCAUCGUCGAGACGGCCGGCGGCGUCGCAUCGCCGGCGCCCUCCGGAACGAUCAUGUCGCUGCUGAUCCGAGGCUACGAGGUUGCGGCGAUCGCCAUGGUCCGGGAGCAGCGGAGGGGCAACUUCGACGCCGUCGCGUCGCUGCUCGGCCGCGCGGCGCCGCACCGUGCGGGGCGGCCGCUGCCUGUUGUCGGGCUGCCGCCGUGCGCGGCGCCGCCGGCGGGGGCGGGCGCGGGCGCCUCUGCCCCCGGCGGCGCGCUCGACGCCUCCCUGGUGGACUGGCUCUCGGCCUCUGGCCCGGCCUUUGAGGAGCUGCUGGCGGUUGUCAGGGAGCACCACGCGCGGCGGCUGGCGUGGCUGGGCGGCGCGGCGGACGGCGCGCGGCGCGCGGUGUGGUGGCCGUUCACGCAGCACGGCAACGUGGGCAGCGGGUGCGCGCGGGCGCGCACGGGCUCGCGGUCAGGGUGUCAGGCGCCCCGCUUGAUGGGUUCGGCCUUUUUCUUGCACUCUCGCCCGCGACUUCGCGACUGCACAGGAUCCCGCUCUCCUGCAUUCGAUCGGCCGAUCGCCGAUUGCAUCGGCCCCGCCACCCUGAAGUCAUGA